UCCUGACAAGAGUUCAAGUCCUCGUUUUCUUGCCCCGACCACAACCAUCUCUUCCCGGCAAUUCCACCAACGACUCUUCCGUCUACCAUUCGCUGCAGCAAAAGAAGGGGCCGGCUGGUCUAUUCUUGCCCUCGCCAAACAAAGACCCGCGCGCGCCUAGUGGUGGUCAUAACUCAUAAAUCACGCUAGCUCCUGGUGCCGCUUGCUGAUCAAUGGAGGAACCAACGACGGGAACAACGGCGAUGAUGGUGCCAUGGUUGCUGCUUCUCUGCAUCACUGCUGCUGCCACCAGCGGGGCACUGCAAGCUCAUGCCCAGCUCGAGAGCAAUGGUUUUAUAAGCAUAGACUGCGGUCUUCCAGGGCAAACAGGCUACGUGGAUAAGACCACCACGCUAUCCUACACCACGGACGCCGGCUUCAUCGACACCGAUGCCGGCGUAAACCACAACAUCUCCGCUGAAUACAUUACUCCCUCGACGCCCACGAGCUUGCACAGUGUGCGCAGCUUCCCCAGCGGUGAGCGCAACUGCUACACUCUGGGCUCACUCGUGUCCGGGCUCAAGUACCUCCUCCGGGGCAAGUUCUUGUACGCCAACUACGAUGGCCUCAACAUGCUACCCAUGUUCGACCUCUACAUCGGGGUUAACUUCUGGACGACAGUGAAUAUCUCAGCCUCUGACGUAGAGGUCUAUGCGGAGGCCAUCAUGGUCGCGCCGGACGAUUUUGUGCAGGUUUGCUUGAUAAACACUGGCGGCGGGAUGCCGUUCAUCUCUGGGCUGGAUCUGAGGCCACUGAAGAACAAGCUCUACCCACUGGCCAACGAGACACAGGCCCUGGUCCUGCUACACAGGUUCAACUUUGGACCCACUGAUAGCCACACCAUUAUCAGGUACCCUGAUGAUCCGCACGACCGGAUAUGGUUCCCUUUUGUCGACGUGGAAAACUGGGUGGACAUAACAGCGGGGGAGAAGGUAAACAUUUUGGACGAGCUCUUCCAGCCGCCCCAAGAAGUGAUGCAGACGGCCAUCACGCCGCGGGACGUCUCGGAGAACAUAGAGUUCACCUUGGACCUCGAGAGUUUCCCCAGGGACCAUUCGCUGGGGUACGUCCAUACGGUGUACUUCUGUGAACUUCAAGAAUACCCCAGCAGUAAUGCACUACGGCAGUUCUACAUCUACCGGAAUGGCGUGCUAACGUACCUUCAAGUCUACACUCCGCCAUACCUUGCCGGCGAUUUUGUGAACUCACUUAAGCCCUUUCAAGCCAGCCAGUACAAGAUCUCCCUCAACGCCACUGCUAAAUCGACGCUGCCGCCCAUCAUAAAUGCCAUCGAGCUAUUCUCCGUCAUCUCAACCACCACCGUGGGCACCAACUCACAGGACGUAUUUGCCAUAAGAGCCGUCAAGAAGAUGUAUCAGGUGCAGAAGAAUUGGAUGGGUGACCCGUGCCUUCCCGAGACACUGAGCUGGGAUAACUUGACCUGCAGCUAUAACAGUUCCAGACCUCCAAUAAUUAGAAUAGUAAACAUGUCCUUCAAUGAUCUCCAAGGUGGUAUAUCUCCUGACUUCGCAGCUCUCAAGAACCUUCAAUCCAUGGAUCUGUCAAACAAUAACUUGACAGGAUCAAUUCCAGAAGCCCUUUCGCAAUUGGAGUCAUUAAAAUUUUUAGAUCUCUCGAACAACAAACUGAAUGGACCAAUUCCUUCAGGACUUCUCAAGAAAGUUCAAGAUCGCUCCUUGGAUCUGAAAUAUGACAACAAUCCUGAUAUUUGUACUAAUGGCUCCUCAUGUCAGCCUGAAAGGGGCAGUAACCUAGCCAUCUACAUAGUUGUUCCUGUAGUUGUGAUUGUGGUGUUACUACUAGUGGCAAUGCUAUACUUUUGCUUGCAAAGGAAAAGAAAGCAAGGAUCAAUUAAAAACUCAGUAAAGCUAAAAAAUGAUGGUGACGGGAAUAGUUCACUUGGACUUGAGAGCCAUCGGUUCACGUACAGGGAACUGGAGACGAUAACGAACAACUUCCAGCGAGUGCUUGGUCGAGGAGGAUUUGGGUGUGUCUUCCACGGCUCCCUGGAAGAUGGCACUCAGGUAGCAGUAAAGCUGAGGUCUCAUUCUUCAAACCAGGGUGUCAGACAGUUCCUUGCAGAGGAUGGGGAGCAAAUGGCACUUGUCUAUGAGUACAUGCCUGAAGGAACCCUACAAGAGCACAUUGCAGGAAAAGACAACAUCAGACGAGCUUUACCCUGGAGACAAAGACUCCGAGUCGCACUUGAAUCUGCCCAAGGGCUAGAGUACCUACACAAGGGCUGCAACCCACCUCUAAUUCAUAUGGAUGUCAAAACUGCCAACAUCUUGUUAAACGAGAGACUAGAGGCCAAGAUUGCCGACUUUGGAUUGUCUAAGGCUUUCAACUGCCACGAUGACACCCAUAUAUCCACCAACACGAUUGCCGGCACACACGGAUAUAAAGAUCCAGAGUAUAGUAGAACAGGGCAGGCGUCAACCAAGAGUGAUGUGUACAGUUUUGGUGUUGUGCUGCUAGAGCUAGUCACGGGGAAGCCGGCCAUCCUGCCCGACACCGAGCCCAUCAGCAUCAUCAAUUGGGCACGACAGCGGCUUGCGCGGGGUGACAUUGAGGGCGUGGUGGACACGCGCAUGCAAGGUGAUCAUGACAUCAAUGCUGUUUGGAAAGCUACAGAGAUUGCGCUCAAGUGCACCGAGCAAGUGCCCCUACAGCGGCCCUCCAUGGCUGAAGUUGUGAUGCAGAUACAGGAGUGCCUUGAUCUCGAGGAGGUCUGCACAGGACGUGAUGAUGAAUUCUACACCGGCAGUAGUAGUGUUGGCAUGGACCCAAACAUGGGUUACAACGCUAGCACUAACCGGUGCACUGAUCUGAGGCAGAACAACGCUACGCUUGAGAUAGAGUAUAAUCAUAGGAGAGGGCCACAAAUGGAUACUAGUCCUGUGGCGACACGAUGAAGACAUCCUUGCCAAUCCAGUCUAAUAGCCACCAUGAUUUCUCUUCUUUCAAGAUUAGAUUUCUCUGAAAUUGUUUUAACAUGUUGUUUUUUUUUUGCGUACCUAGGUGAGUAAUGUUCUUGCCAUAUGAAUUGUCUAGUUAAAAAAAUCUGGAUAAUGAGAAUAUUUGCUAUGCUAGGGUUAACCGAUUAAUUGAAUGAUGACAUAGCAGCAAUGUCUCUUUAGGGAGAUCCAGCGAGUGGGUGCUCAUUUGACGAGAAAAGGUUCCCCCAUUUAUUAUAAAGCCAACACCGAUUACAACUGAGAGACUGAUACAAACACAGAUCACGACCGCAC